AUGUUCUCAAGAACCGCCCUUUCUGCGGCCACGACCCACGCCCUCCGACCACGCAUCAACCCCUUCCUCUCCCCGCGCUUCACCUCGCUCCACCAACAGACCUCGCGACUCCUGUCAAAUGAGGUGCGGACGGCAAUCGACAAGGCCGUUGCGACCGCGCCGAUCGUGCUGUUCAUGAAGGGUACUCCGGAGAUGCCCCAAUGCGGUUUCUCACGCGCGAGCAUCCAAAUCCUGGGUCUUCAAGGUGUCAACCCGGAGAAGUUUACUGCGUUCAACGUCCUUGAGGAUCCGGAGUUGCGACAAGGUAUCAAAGAAUACUCGGAUUGGCCGACUAUCCCACAAUUAUACGUCGACAAGGAAUUCAUCGGCGGUACGGACAUUCUGAUGUCCAUGCACCAGGAUGGCAGCUUGGCGAAGCUGCUUGAGGAGAAGGGCGUUCUGGUGCCCGCUGAGAGUGAAGGAGAGAGCUCACCGUGA